AUCAGUUCAUCCAGAUUGAGACGAGUCUCUCUCAGAGGACAGAAACUUCUCUGGGUUUUGUUUCCCCCCACAGCAGCUGGUCAACAUGUGUACUGGGAAAUGUUCCCUCUGCAUUGCUGUAACUUUGUACCCGCUGGCGAUCAUAUCCAUCAUCUGCAACAUCGUGCUGUUCUUUCCUGGCGGAGAGGUUAAAUACGCCAAAGAUGGACACAUUACGGAGGAGGUGAAAUACAUGGGGGGUCUCAUUGGAGGGGGUGUAAUGGUGUUGAUUCCUGCUCUUCACAUUCACCUGACAGGAAAACAAGGCUGCUGUGGAAACCGCUGUGGGAUGUUCCUGUCCAUUGCCUUUGCUGCUGUGGGCGUGCUCGGCGCUCUGUACAGCUUCGUCGUGGCCGUGCUCGGUCUGCAGAACGGGCCCCUCUGUAAGAUUUUGUUGAUCUGGACAACGCCUUUUAAAGACAGGGAAAACAAUUACCUGACUGAUAAUUCAAUGUGGGGCUUUUGCACGGAGCCUAAAGACAUCGUCCAGUUCCACGUGGGGCUGUUCGGCACGCUGCUGGCGACCAGCUGCCUUCAGCUGAUCCUCUGUGCAGCUCAGGUGAUCAACGGGCUCUUCGGCUGCCUCUGUGGAACCUGCAACAAGAGACCGACUGUCAUUUAAAUAAAACCAGCUGUUGGGAUCAUAAAGAAAGGCCUCCAAGCUGCAUGAAAUGUUUCCUUAUAUAUUUUUUCCAUUGUGUUUGUUUGUUUUUUACACAAUUUGUGUGUUGUUUUUUUUACACCCUGCUCUAAUCAACACCAAAAUCUUAAAUACAAGCAGUAUUUUGUACAAUUAUUUUAACUAAUAAAUUGCAUCGAUCUUAAAUCAGUAGUUCAAACUUUUUGGAAGUGAGGCAGUUUAAAAAAAAAGUAUGAACCAUGAGCAUCUUACCUGUUGCAGACAGCCUUGGUUUUGAGAAAUAGUUUUAUUCUGAUUGGAUUGAUGAGCUAAAGGCUAGUCUGAGCAGGGAAAAACACCAGAGUGGUUUGUUGCUGUCUUCAAACAACUUUAACCACAAAUAUUUUAUUUAUUUUUAUAAAUACUUACAGACUAUAUACAUUUCAUAAUUAUUCCACAUAAAUAAGCAUGUAUUGUGAAAAGACAACAGCAUUAAAUGCCAUUUAUAUGAACUGAAGUGACAAUUUUGAGGCUGAAGUUUGGUAAUGGUGGACCAGCCAUAAGCUCCUCAAUCAGGUUAUUUUUAAACUCUUUAAACAAUUUUCCAAACUGAGGAUGUUCGAAGAGUUAUCCGCAACAGGUAAGAUACUGUUUAUGACCUUUCUACAGAGGUUUAUGUAAAAAAAAAUAAAAUAAAUUAAGCUGAUUUAUUAAACCUUAAAAACAAGCAUGAAGCAGAAAAGCUGCAACAGUUUUGUUUUGUAGCGUACAGACAGUAUAUUAGAAGAUAUAAUUAUUUUCCUGUGCAAUGUUUAUUUCAAGAAGCCCAAAUUAUGUUCAUGAGCAGAAUUAACAUUUAAAUUUGAAAUUCGAGUGCCAUCUUAUAGAUAAGACGUCCUCGUUAGGAGUUACAGGAUCAUCACGUUCAUCUUAUGUUCGUUUUAGGUCACUUUGAUCAGUUUUUCAGAUGAUUGGUCAAAAAUUCAAGGCAGCUUAUUUAAAAUGUGACAAGCUGAUCAUGUUUUUCAGUUCUGUAAAUUCAGAGUGAUUUUGAUCCUUAAACCCAGUAUGACCAGUCCCAUUUAUGGGAAUAACUUAAUUUAGUUUGUGGUUUACUCUUGUAUAUGCUGAAUAUCUUUUAUUUUUGAUAUGCAGAAUUAAAAACUGAAUAAAAAGUGAGAAUUUUUUUUCUAAAAAGGCAAAAAAGAGCAAAUUCAAGACAGUCACUGAUAACAUCAUUAUUAUAACCAGUUUAUAUUUAAAUUGUAAGCAAAACAAAUCACGAAAUAUCCAAAGUAUCUGUAUUUCCUAUCAAUAAUUGAAUAAAAACUGCUAAAUAAACUGAUGAUGUGAACACAAAGUAAGGUAGUUGACAGCUUGUUUGUUAUUUGUUUCAUAAAAAUAAAAACUUCAGAAAACGAGAAGAGGCAAAAACCCUCGACUGUGUGAAGAACAUCACUGUCUGCACGAGGUCUUCCUGCUGUUACAGGAAGAAGAUUCAUCGUGAGA